AUGCGAUCGUCGUCUGCUGACGAUGGCAUACCGUACCCCGAUGGUAAGACCAACGCCGACCUAGAUCAUGAAGUUGGCGCGACAAAGGCCACCAACGACCAUUACUUGUGCCUCUGGGGUACACCCUCGAGGUGGGAUCCAUCGAACCAGAAUUGGUUCGACGAACUCGUCGACAACUUUGCAAGCGACAUCCACGGCUCAACAGCGAAUAUUAUUGACGAGCAUGCCGUGGACUACCUCUUGCAGUCAGGGAUUAUCGUGGUAGAGUGUGGAAAGGGUACGACUACCUGCAGCGUUGGUGCUGGAUUCGCUUCGGACGAGCGUCGACUCAAUGCCAUGUUCACUCGACACAAGUGCCCUCUCGUCAUCUUUAGUGGCAUCGACACGGUGGACUAUAAGGGCAAAGGCAAAGGUAAGGCAGAGAGGACAAUGACACUUCUGCAAGGUUGUACACUCUCAGUUCCAAGACGCCAUAUUUGGGUUGCAAUGGGUCUUGGAAAGUCAUUGCCUGCGCUCCUGGCUACGUUACUCUUGCGUGAAGUUGACAGCCGCGGCUUCAUCACAGCUGCCAAAUAG